AACGUUUACACACCAAAAACAAGGGGCAAGCGGCACAUCGGCUGGAUGCAUAUAUAUAUGAGAGGUGAUUGAUCGAGGGAGCUGAUGGAAGAAAAGCAGAUGUAAUGAAGUUAAGAUCUCGGUAUAAAGAUUGAAGUUCAAGUCUCUGUUGACGUGUCAAAGGAGAAGAUGAUUACAUCUGCUGCAAAAACGCUGCUGAAAAACCACAUUCGCCAUGCUGAUACACAUAACAGGAUGGUGGAGGAGUCUGAAAUGUGGGCAACUCAGAGUAAAUUAUCCGCCAUGGAUAGGAAAACAGGUACCACAGAUAAUUACAGAGGGAGAGGAGAUCGCACAAACUCUAAAUACGACCCGAGAGGUCGACGACCCAAUCAGUUUCAAGGUAGAAACGACAGCCACGAUUCCUUCCUAUAUGAUGACAGGGACGACUCAGAAUCUCCUGAAGAUCGUUGUGGGGCCUACAUGGACAGACAAAAGUCUGAUCGCGUUGUAUCCAGCCGUGAUUUGGAACGGUUUAAGAAAUCUCGGAAAACCAAACAGGACCUGAAGGCAGGAAUUGACCGUUGGGACCACAGUGGGUUUGAGAAGCAGAAUGCCGGGAGCAAAGGUCAAGAUGAUGCGAGAUGGGGCCACAGCGGAUAUCGUAUGAUGUAUCCAGGAGAUUCUGACAGUGAUCAUUGUAAGAAAAGAAAACGAGAAAGAUACCCCAAGUUGAGUAAAAAGAAAAAGUACAAGAAGCGCAAGAAAAAAAGAAACAAACAUAUCUCAGAAAGUGAGGAUGAAAUGGAUAAGAAGAAAAAAUCAGAGGAAGAAAACAUAAAAGCAGCUAAAGUGAGCACUAAGUUAGGCAGCCUGAAACAAAACUCUGAUCUGAUGCUGAUGCAAAGAUUCACCAGUGAAGUACGACCUAAAAAACCGUCUAAACCAAGGAUGAAAAUGAGGACAUGGAAUAGCGACAGUUCUGCAGACUCAAAUUCAGACAGCAAAUAUCACAAAGACAAAUCAAGAAAGUACCGAAGCAAGAAAUCACGAAGGAAAAAAUACAGAUCUGGUGAUAGUUCGUUUGAUUCAAGUUCAGACAGUGAUAGUGAAGCAGAGGGAAGUCAUGUUAAAAGGAAAAGAGUUAAAAAGCAAAAGAAGAAAAGACGACGCGAAAGUGAUGAGACAAGUUCAGAUUCAGGAGAAAGUGGUCCGUCAAGUAAAAAAAGAAUUCGCUCCAGUCAAACAGACUCCACCAGUGAAUCGGCAGUCUCUGCUGAAGAAUACUCGCACAUCAAAUAUCCUCAAAAGAAAUACAGGGAAAAUUCAGAUUUAACAGAUGAUUCAGAUCUCGGUGAGAAAAUGAAACAUGAUACAGACUCUGAUUAUUCUACUGCAAGAAAACACAAAAAGAAGAAACAGAAGCAUAAAUAUAGGUAGAAAUAGUUUAAAUUCUGAUUAAAAUGAGGC